GUUCGGGUGAGUAUCCCGACCUGCGGGUUCAACCGUUAUUUCUAUAUGACUCACGCAUGCGCACCAUCACUGGUACCAACUGAAACAGUACAAAAACCCGGAGUAUUACUAUUGUGAAGGUUUCUAAUGUGAGUGUAUUUCUGUUAUGAGGUGAUUCAAAACAAAGGAGAAAGAUAUGAGCCACAAGGUUUAGACAUUGAAACUGUUUAUUAUUGCUAAGUCCUUGUUUGAAGGUGUUUUACAUGCUGAUGAUGUUUAUAUUGAAUAAGAGCUAAAGUUACAGUUAAAGUGAACUGCAUGGGAAAAUUAACGCUCAAUAACAGCAUAGAAACAAUUAAUUAACUAACCAGGUCUCUCUGCAAUUUAGCCAGAGUCAUUUUCAAUGUGUGUUCAUUAUUGUAAAACAUCCAGAAUAAUACAUUUUAGUAGCUCUCACCAAUUGGCUUCCAUGCAGUCUGAUACAUAAAAGAGAUAUUCAUGAAUUCAUAAUACAGAGUUGAGUGAGAGGGCUACAAUAGAAAAUGUCUUUAUACAGUAUAGACAUCUAGUUCUUUAUAUGUUUAAUUUUGUUGCACCAAAAGGGACAAAAACCUUUUGAACACAUUUUAAAAAGAUAAUCAUCUCAGGUGUGUUUAGACUCUCUUAGACCACUCCUCUUCAUGAAACGCUCUCUAAACACAAUACAAUUCAGGUGAGUUUAUCAAAGUGAAGUCCACCUGUGUUAGAAUAUAAGGCCUUGUCCACACCAGCCUGAUUAAUUUUGCAAAAAAAAAAACGCUUCCACAAGAGGGGUGUAAUAAAAAUAACUUUGUACACACGCAACCUUAAAUCCGCCACCAAGUGAUGCAAUAUACGUGUAAUGCAUAUGCCACAGCAAUAAGUGGCAAUAUAACAUAAAAUGGGAAGGCUGUUUUAACCAAUCAAGAUAGUUUAAAACUGGAACCUAAACGUAAACAACAAUGGCGACUUGCACCUUAUUCUGUGUUUACAUUGCUGCGCAUGCAAUAUUUACAAAGGCAGGCACUCAGCUCUGACGUAAACAACGGAAAUAUUCGCGGUUGUCAUAUCCGCAUGCACCCGCUGAAACCUGAAUCGACCGAAAACCUCACCCUGGACCCCGGUUUCAAAAGACCACAGUUUCAGUGUUCCAAAAGCACAGUUGCAUGUGGACAGAACAGUAAAACCAGGAACAUAACUUCACGGUUGCAAAAUUUACUGGGCUGGUGUGGACGGCUCGUAAGUUGAUAUAUCCAAUGUAAAGUUUGUCUGCAUUUCAAAGUGAAAAAGCCUGUUUUUACAGUUUGACACUGGUCCAGUGUUAAAGUCCUCAGCCACUGAAACAGAUACACAUUGUGUUUUGAUCCUGUACCUGUCAAAGACAAAGCCGGGCCAGUCCAAACCAGCACUGAUGCUUCUCUGUUUCACUGUUCGGCUGUUUGAUGUUAUGAAACUCUGUCAGCAUGAAGUGAAACAUGGGACUGUUCACUGUGGAGUGAGGCAGAUUGUGAAUGCACACAAGGUAACAAACUAUCAGGUAAUAUAAAGAAAUAAGACAAAUGAUUAUUUCUUUUACAUUUUAAAGUAAAGCUUUUCUACCAGCCAAUUUCCAUUCUGAGCUCACUCAGUUAAUUCAGUUGAUCUCAUGCUACAACUGAAGAGUGGAGUAAUAAAGACAAAGUUCAGACACACACGUACAUUAAAUGUGUUAAGUUUUCCUUCAUUAAGUUGAAUUGCAAUCAAAUAAUGGUAAACACCCUAUCUAUAUCCAUAUACACCUCUAUAUCUGAAACUACAUUAUUUGAGUACAAGAAUUUUAGUUUAGUGUGAGUUUAGUAAAGACCAAAGAAGGAAAACCUGCUGAAGAACUUUUACUCCUGUCUAAACCUCUCAUCCCCACUGGGGGGAGCUAAAGACACAGUGAUGGAAGGAAGGAGGCGUGUUAUCCAAACAGAAAACACCUCCUGCCUUUAUUCACACCAUGAAGACUCAACUCCACGGACUCAACUCAGCUGCUCAGUGGAUGAAAUUUACUUUUCAACAGAACAUGAAGAUCUUCAUUCUCUUGCUUCUCUCGAGCCACUUUGCAUGUUCAGUGAAACACUCCCUGAAGUAUAUCACCACUGCAUUUUCUGGACUCCCAGACUUUCCAGAAUUUGUUGCAGCUGCAGUGGUUGAUGGAAAUCUGGUGGGCUCCUGUGACGGUAGCAAAAAGAUAAUUGAUCUAAAACACGACUGGAUGAAAAAAGUAUUGGAAGAUGAUCCUCACCAUUUGGAGUAUUACAAAGGAGCAUGUUUUGAAAUAAUGCCAACUUUUUUCAAAGCCACAAUCAGUAGUUUGAAACAGCGUUUCAACCACAGUGUAGGUGUUCACAUUUUACAGAGGAUAAGUGGCUGUGAGUGGGAUGAUGAGACUGGAGAGGUUACUGCUUAUAGACAGUUUGGUUAUGAUGGAGAAGACUUCCUGUCGUUGGACCUGAAGAGAGAGAUAUGGAUCGCUCCAAAACAACAGGCUGUCAUCACCAAACUGAAAUGGGAUGCUGACAAAGCUAGAAUGAAGUACAAUAGGAAUUAUCUCACAGUGUUUUACCCUGAGUGGCUGAAGAAGUAUUUGGCCUAUGGGAGGAGCUUUCUGCUGAGAACAGAGCUUCCCUCAGUGUCUCUCCUCCAGAAGACUCCCUCCUCUCCAGUCAGCUGCCUCGCUACAGGUUUCUACCCUCACAGAGCCUCACUCGUCUGGAGGAAAGAUGGAGAGGAGCUUCAUGAGGAGGUGGACCACGGAGAGAUCCUCCCCAACCACAAUGGAACCUUCCAGAUGAGUGUUGACCUGAACCUUUCAUCAGUCACACCUGAAGACUGGACCAGGUACGACUGUGUGUUUCAGCUCUCUGGUGUGAAGGAGGAAAUCAUCACCAAACUGGAGAAAGAUCGGAUCAGAACCAACUGGGUGAAUUCCAGUAACAUGACCGUCCUCGUCACUGCUGCAGUGGUUGUUCUUAUUCUCAUCAGUGCUGCUGGAUUCAUCGUUUACAAAAAGAUGAAAGAUACCUGUCUCCAGCACGACACCAUGGCUGCAGCUGCUGCACUCGACGGGCAGACAGUGUCCCAAACAGACAGACCUCUUCUUGUUUCAGCCAGAUGCCCUCCAUGUGCUCCUGACAACAGCUCUCAGCUCUCUGAGAGACUGAAUGAAGACAGUUGAGUUACACAAACAAUCUGGAAGACUUCAGAUGAGACGGCUAAACUACAAGUGCUGAUACAUAAUGAUAUGAUGUGAUGGUGGUAGCAGUAUGUUAUAUGAUUGACAGCAACCAAGCAACCUAAAACCUGCAGCCUGUUCCUGAUUGGUGCAUGGAAAUAUGUGACGUCACAUGUUAUUUCCCCCAUUAGAGCUCUGCCCAUUUCAAACAUGCAGCACGUGAUUCUGGAGAAACAUAGUUGAUUGUUGAGUCUCAUUCCCGGGUCAUCAAAUACCAGAGCUUUGUGUCGGGCAGCUGUGAAACUCUCAGCCUCUAUUUCAUACAUGUCUUUGUUGCCAUCUAAUGGCUGUUUAGUGGUAUUAUAGACAGUAUUACAAACAGGGCUGUGACUCUUAUAUUGUUCUCUGUGUUAUUUCUGUCUACUUUGGAUCAGUUGCCACACCUACCAGCAACAUGUUUAAAUCAAAAUGUGUUUAAAAAACAUUUUCAGAAUAACUGCAAGAAUUUAAAGAGUACAUAUUUUUUUCUCUUCUAAACACUGAAAAGAUUAAAUGUCUGAAGUCAAGAAAAGAGUUUUCUCUUAAAUCAGUGAGAUUAAACCAGUGGGCUCCAAACUGUGGAGCUAUAAAGAAGAAGGGACACAAUCACUGAGGACAUGUUGCUGGUACAUGAGGGUGAAUGUAAUCCCUGAAACUGUCGAGCUAAAAGGAAAGUUCAGCACUGAACAGUAACAUCUGCUGUGUGGGGACUUUGUUCACCUUCUGUCUGUUUUCAUUCUUUUGUACAUUUUUUUUUAAAAUACCGUUUAAAGACUAAAUUGUCAUGAAUGUAUUUAUUUCUUACCACUGAUAUUUAUGUUAUUGUGUUUUGUCCUGUAACUUGUAUUUACUAAGUUCUCCUUGUGGUUAUAAUAAUCUCAUUUCAUUCAUUACUGUUCUGUGUAUUUCCUAUUGUUCUUACAUUAAUAAAGUCUGAUUGUAUUUUUCA